GCUGCAGUCGUGAUCGGAUGAUCGGCGAGUACGGAUCGUUGCCGGUCGGAACACAAAGUGCUUGAUUAUUAAUUUGGUCAGAGGGAAAGAGAGAGAGAGAGAGAGAGAAAUAAUCUCGGAGCGGUGAAUUUGAGGAAGCUGAGAAAUUUUGCAUGAACAAGCGAUCACGAUGAGCGACAUUCUUCACGAGCAUUCCUCAGGCGGUACUUGAUCGUAAGGUUUACGUCUCUACACGACAUCGUUCUUGAAUAGUCUGGGAGCUGUCGAAGAAAGUAAAGUGGGUCCUGGAAGAGGACCCAAGGAGAGCGAGGAGAGAAGCGUCGAGACAGAAUCCGGUGUGCGGGAACGUCGGCAGGAGCUGCCUCAAAAUGUCGUACGCCAAUCGAUUCCCAUCCUCCCAGCACAUCCGUUAUCGCAGUAGCUGGGGACCUUCCUCGGUUUCUGUCUUCAAUCACGCCGACGUACCGCGACCUUCGCCAGAGGAGGAAGAAUUCGAGUUCUAUCACGAGCGACUGCAUUCGGCGCAGAGUCGUCAACUGAUACCACUUCAGGAGGACUUGGCCGAUUGGAUCAACAAGACGAUAAAUGUGGAUCAUAUAACGGGUGACAAUUUCUUUGAUGUGCUUGAUAACGGAGUGAUUGUAUGUCGAUUGGCAAGAGUUAUCCAGGAAAAGGCGAGAUCUGCGAUUGAAGCUGGACGGACGAAGGGACCAGCACCAGUGAUACGUGGUCGCUGCUGGGAGAAUGCAGCUCGUCGCAGCUUCUUUUCCCGCGACAACAUGGAGAACUUCAUACAAUUUUGUCGGCGGCUGGGCGUCCACGAGAAUCUUCUCUUCGAAAGUGACGAUCUCGUUUUGCAUGGCCAACCACGGAAUGUUGUGUUGUGUUUGCUGGAAGUCGCGAGACUGGCGGCCAGAUAUUCUCUAGAACCGCCUGGACUUGUGCAACUCGAGAGGGAAAUUGCAGCUGAACAAGAAAGAGAUCUUCACUGUUUGUCUGACAGCGGUAUAUCACAUAGCAGUCUCGUCUCUUGGCAGUUCCAGUCACCAUCACCGACCGCAACACCCAGGACACCAUCGCCGGAAAAGAUCAAACAUAGCAGCUCGGCAUCUGAAGUCACAACGGGCACACGAUGGUUGGAUCCGGUAACCGGUGCUGCACAUGAAUCUGAAAUGCGAAGGUCCGUUAGCGACAACGGGCCAACUGGAAGUGACGGGGUGCCUAGCGACACUACCGAGGAUGAUUGGUCGCGCGGUAGCGUCGAAGACCCUGACGAAGUGCCGUCGCCGUCGAGUUCGCCAUCACCGUCGUCGGCCGAACCUCCGGAACACACUGGGCCGAUAACGGAACUCGAUCGCAAGGUGCGAAGAGCUACCGAGGCCGUUCAGAGACUCUGCCAGUGUCCGUCAAAUAAGUGCUCCAAGCUGAAGGUGCGCAAAGUCGGCGAAGGCCGCUACCAUAUCGCGGGACGUAACGUUUUUAUUAGACUUCUUAAGGGGAGACACAUGAUGGUGAGAGUAGGCGGUGGAUGGGACACUCUGGAGCAUUUUCUGGCGAGGCACGAUCCCUGUCAGGUGAGGGUCCUCAACCGCGAGAGUACGCCGCCACCCGCUCGCGGUACCAAGCACGACAGCUUCUUGCACAUUCGCGCCAAAUAUCGCAGCCCGCCGUCGGAGGCGAGUCUCUCACGUCGGUCACUAGCCUGAGAAGCACGUAGUGUCUAAUCAUGCGCCCACGAUCACGCGACGUGGGUCCCUCGGGCCCCACGUGGCGUAAAGUUGCACGCUUGGCGCACGUGCGAAUUAAAAUAUAUUCCGGUACACCGGCGGUACCGCUAUCACAUCUCACCGGGCACGUCGAUAGGACGUCCCGUCUGUUACGCAUCAAGCGACGCGGUGAAACGACGUGUGGUGGUUCAAGUUGCCGUAAGGAUGGCAAUACGCAUCCAUCGCACGAUUUUUCACGCACGAUACAUUCCUUCUUUUCCAACUACGUUCGAUGAGUUGGCGAUUUGAGGGAAGAGAGAGGCACCGCAGGAGUCACUUUUAAGCGCAGGAGCCUUGCGAUCACUUAUGCACAUUCCCGAUAUUCAUAACGCUAUUUACGAAUUCUCUCUACGGCGAGAAAUCACCGGUACACGCACCGCCUAUACGCCGGUUCGCAAAGAUACCUCUUAACCACUCUCGUACCUAUUCGUACAUCCCGAAUUGCGCGUACAACUUAUUACGUGUAACCACGUAAUAUGUUGAUCACGGUAUAGAGAAGCACAGGGAUCGCUAUUUUUACUAAAUCCGUAUGUCAGGUGAGGUUGAGGAGCAUGCAAGUGUCAAAGAGCAUCCUCGCAGACGCACUACGUUGCGAUUUUUAAGACUAUAAUCUACAGUGUGAUCUUUGCUUCCUGUUUCUUAAGAGUUUUUUUUUACCUUUUUCCCUUUUUCUUUUCUGUCGCCCGAGAUAAAAGUUGAUAAACUUUGGAAGAGAUAAGAAACUUGAUUGUGACAAGAAACAUUUUUUGUCGAUAAAAAUGGCGAAGAAGGAAGAAAGCAAAAGGUAAAAACAAGAAACAGGAAGCAAAUAGCACAUCGUAGAUUAACGAGAACGAAUAGUCAGAGUUUUGCAUCUAAAGCUGUAAUCACACUGUGGUCUGUUGCGAUUCCUGAUUGAUGGUUCUAUUUUAACCAAUCACGAUACAAUUAAUUCGUACGCGCUAAAACAGAACUGUUAAAAUACCAUACGGUAACUAUAACCAUACGAUAAUCUGAUAGUGUGAUUACGACUUAAGAAUCGGCGAACUCUGCGAUUCAGAAGACUUUGACUAUUUGAAUUUUUAUGCAUUAUCGUAUCAGGAAUCAAUCAACUAUGUGCUUUCAUCUCGAAUCUUCAAGGCACUAACUUUUGUACCGUCUACCUGGAAGUUCUUUGACCAGCAAGUGCGCUGCACUUGGUAAUGGUAGCAUUAAGACCGCAAUGACCAAACUUUAUUUUCGAAAUCGUGUAAUCACGAUAAUCAUUAUACUACUAAUAAUGCAAAUAAUAAUACAAACUUUUGAAUAAAUAUCCACUUAAGCUCAAACGUACUGCGCUUCAUGAGCUACGUGCAAUAAAAAGAAUAAAAGUGCAAUUAAAAUCUCAGGUAGAGAAUCGUCCGUGUCAUGCCUUAGAAAAGAUCAAUUAAUCUUUUUUUUUCUUUUAAGGAAGUUUCUUUUGCAAUGCUAACAUACACCGUUUUCCUUUGACGUAACAAUCACAGCGGCUUUAACAAAAAUUUCAUAGUCGAACUAGAUGAUACCAUUAUAUUUUAUUAUUGAUGUUGUAACGUACUUUUUAAUAUUCAACUCAACUACGUUUUGGUCAUUGCUAUUAUAUCCUAUAAACCAAUAUAUUCUUACGGUGCACUGCCAUUUUACGGCGAGCACGCGAUCAGGCACUUAUAUAUUAUAAUAAUCAACAGGGUCGGCUUAAUUUUCUGUGUAUAAUUUUCUCAUCCGAAUUGCAGAAAUCGCUUAUAACGUAUAAUUUACCG